GUCGGCACCCGAGUCGGGACGAUAAUAGAACGGCCUUCCCCCCCUCCUUUUUUUAAAAAAGAAACUUCAUUUCAAACGUCAUGACUUCGGAAAGCGACUGGUUGGAUUCCGACAUGACGGAAGACGCGGGAAGUGGCGCUGAUAAAGCUCUGUUGGACGAUAUCAUGGGCUUGGAUGAGCUAAUGGCCCUCAACAUCACCAACGAGAACGAAUUGGACUGUUUGUUUAACUUCUUGCGCCAACCUUAUCCCCCGGAAGGAUUUGAAACUGUCACCGCUUUCUGCAACAGCACGUGGGACGGCCUCAGUUGCUGGCCCACAACCCUAGCCGGCUCCACAUCCGUUUUGCCGUGCGUCGAAGAGCUGAACGGCAUCAAAUACGACACGACACAUAACGCGACGCGGGUUUGCCAGCCGAACGGAACUUGGGCCAACUACAGCAACUACCGGUCGUGCGUUCCUCUAGGAGAUUUCGGAUUGACGACGCCCGAGUACGGCGUCGGCAUCAGCGAGGACACGACCACCAUCUACUUUACCGGCUACACCGUCUCCAUCGUGGCGUUGACAGUCGCCAUUUGGAUCUUUAUCCACUUCAAAGACCUCCGCUGCCUGCGCAACACAAUCCAUACACAUUUACUCAUCACAUACAUCAUGGCCGAUCUUCUCUGGAUCGUCACUGCUACUCUGCAGUUGUACCGCGGCGAGACCAACAAAGGAUCGUGCAUCAUUGUCAUUUUCCUGCACUACUUCCAUUUGACCAAUUUUUUUUGGAUGUUUGUCGAAGGUUUUUACCUCUACAUGCUCGUCGUUGAGACGUUCUCGGCCGACAAGAUCCGGUUGCGCAUCUACGCCCUUAUCGGCUGGGGGAUUCCGCUGCCGGUCGUCAUCGUCUGGGCCGUCGUCAAAGCCAACUGGUUCACCUACACGUCCAACGAAGGCCACAAACUGGACCUGGAAUCGUUCUUGGCCAGCUGUCCAUGGAUGGCGGCCAACAGCUACGACUGGAUCUACAUGACGCCGGCUAUCAUCGUUCUCUUCGUCAACAUUCUCUUCCUUGUCAAGAUAAUGUGGGUUUUGAUAACGAAAUUAAGAUCGGCCAAUUCGGUCGAGACGCAACAGUACCGCAAAGGUAGCAAAGCCCUUUUGGUGCUGAUUCCUCUUCUCGGGCUCACCUACGUGCUGGUCAUCGCCGGACCGACCGAAGGUCUCAUCGCCAUCUACUUCUCACACAUUCGAGCCGUUCUCCUUUCCACGCAGGGAUUCCUGGUGACCCUGUUCUUCUGCUUCCUCAACACUGAGGUGCGCAACACGGUGAGACACCACUGGACCAGGUGGCGGACCAGCCGUUGGCUCGAACAUUCCCAGAACCACAGCAGCCGGGGUAGGUGCGGCGCGGCGCUCAACAGCAAGCGCGACUCCAAGGAUGGAUCUCGAGCUCCGGGCGAGAGCACCAGGCUGUACAGCAACUUCCCGGACCGGAAUCACGGCAAGCGCGAUUCGUCGUUCAGCGAAGUGACGACGGUUGCGUCAUUCGCUCCCAGUUCAGCCAUCCAUUUGAAUAAUUUGGGCCCGUUCAACACAAACGCAGGUCAUCAGACAGCGAAAGCGCACGGAGCGUCCACCAUGUUGCUGACCAACAACGGCGGCCUGGCCGGCACGGUAACAACCGUCAACCGAUACGGCGAUGAAUGCGGUGACAGCUGCGAUACUAACCUGCUCGUCAAGGAAAACCAGGUCUGAAAAAAAAAAAAACAUAUUUGGGACAAACAACGCAGAAGAUUAAAAAAAAUAGCGCACAUGCACGAAAAAUGAAAAAAAAAAUAAAAUGAGGAAACUUGACGCGGCUUUCAGUCCGAAAACAAUCAAUUUCUUCGGAAAUCUUCGUAAAACAAAACAAAACAAAACAAAAAUGGACGCGGACCACGGACGGACCACAAACUGGGUAAUGAUGAACGCGCGGCUAGUGACCAACACGAUGGAAAGAAAACACUCGUAAGUCUGUUGGGUAUAUACAUACAAGAGAAAAGGGGAUACAAGGAACCAAACAAUCAUCACACUUUUACAUACACACACAUUUAUUCACACGGGGCGGACGACGGCUUGUUAUUGUUUUCCUUCCUACACUUCGCUCUCUCUCUCUCUCUCUCUCGCUCCAUCUCGUUUAUAGCAACACGUUCCCUUAGUUUUUCAAUCUCUUUUCUUUUCUUUUUUUUUUUAACUUUUCCCCUUGUUCGUAUUUUCACUGAUACGAUCUAUUUACAUUCUUCGGAGUUUGCGCAAGGCUCAAUUGUGUGUGUACGUUGCCAAUGUGUGGUGUUUGUGUGCACUCAUUCUAUCGCGCUCUCGUACUUUAUAAGCCUCGUCGCGUUUGCUAUGAUUGUUGAGUGCCAGCUGCUUUUGUAUAUCUUAGUGCGGCACUUUCACUUCUACGUAGACACAGUCUAAGAAAACAGGACACACACACACAAAAAAAAAUUUCAUCCGCCACCAUCCGUCAAAUCGAAUUUAGAGCGGAAGUUGAUGCUGCCUUUUUUUUUUCUCGCCAUUUUCACAUCAAUCCGUUAGCAGUGUUUUUUUUUUGUGAGGGGGAGGGGGGGGGGCGAUUAGAGCCCGUGUGUCUUUUUCGUUUGAUUAACUCGUACACGAACCAUACGUACCAAUACCGAAUGUAUAUAUAGUCACAUGCCUGCGUAGAUAUUGGGGAUGUAAUCGGCUUCCGUUCUCACUGCUUUUCGCUCGUCCGUUGAAGCGUAGCUCCAUUGGGCCGCCUCUGUUCAGUACGAUGAACAUAAUGUGUCGCGUGUGCAGCAUCAAUAUCGAUCUAAUCGUCGUUACUUGUCAUCUCUAUUUGUGGUUGUGUUGUAUUCCUAAAGUAGGUAAAAAAAAACUAAAAAAAAUCAAAUGAGAGGGGAGAUAUUACGCUUGACCUCCGCGCCCACGUCUUGUGAAUUUCACCAAAGGUUAUAUUGUUAAACAUCUCUAAAUUCCUUAGACACAUCUGCUGGAUUUCGUUUCAAUUCGAGCCAAAAACAAAACAAACAAAUUUCCUUUAUUUCUUUUUUUUUUUUUAAAUAUUCCAAAUCAGCCACAUUUUCAAACCGCACGUGUUCGUUCCAAAAAUGGAAAAAUGACGAGCCCAUGUUCAUUCUUUUCUAUAUUCUUCCGCGUUUGGUUACUUUCCAUGUCCAAUCAAACGUGUUUACAAAACCGAACUGUGUGCUGCAGUCGAUCUAGUGGAGAAGCCUCUGAGAGAGCUCACAGCAUUGCACCGAUCCAUUGCCCUGUAUAGGUGAAUAUAAAUGACAGAUGAAACAAAAGACGAGGAACCGAUCCGUCACUGACGUAGCAACCCAUUAACCAAAGUGAAGGCCACUUUAUAUUUGAGGACAGCAUAUCUGUCUUGUUUGCCGACAGCUGCUACCGAGCCGCUACGCAUCAAUUCCAUAGUGGAGGUGGUUGUGUUGUGUUUAUAUUGACUGUCGCGUUAAUAAGAACGCACAUAAUAACUGUUGAUCGCUUAACUUUUGUGACAAACCGUCGAACAGAAUCCGAGUUAUUUCAUUAUAUUCCCUUUGCUCCCCCAACAGCCCGUAAGCCAGACAGAUGAAUCUUUUUAUACCUGUGAUAUACAAACAACCCGCGUAUGAAAACAGCCAAAUUAAUUCAAAUAAACCCAGCGUACCUUUUACCGAACUAUGUAGCAUUUUUUUUUUUCCCUCUUUGUCUCUUCAUAUCGAAUCAAUCAACAACAUGAGACUCACCUUCUCGUAUUUACAGCAGACGCUCUUUCCUCUCUCGUCUUGCUCCUUUGUUCCCCGUACGUACAGCAACUUGUUCUGGUCCUUUUUGGUCUUGAUUAAUCACCGUCGUGUUUUUAUAACGUGUACCGCUGUGUAUAUCGUGUUGACGGCACUGACCGAACGAGCCAGUCCGCCUGCUAUGUUUUUUUUUUUUUUUUUUUUGGGGGGGGGGGGGGGUUUAUUGGCCAAAAGAAUAUUAUGUAUCCACAUUUUUCAGUUGUCGCCUCCAGUUUUCAACUCUUAGUCUUACGUAUAUAUUUUAACCCACCGGACGAUUCGUUAUUUCUCGUGAUCAUACACACACACACACCCACCAAAAAAGUCCGUCGUCCGCACACUGACACAAUCACACGCCCACCUAUACACACACACACACACACACAUUCAAAUAUGUACACGCUGUCAAAAAUACUUGGGGGGGUUCUCUCUUUUCUCUUGUUGAACGUUGAUGAUGAAUUAUGUGUAACCAACUAUUAUACACAGACGAUGUGCCACGCGUUCCGCACCUAUAUCUAUGUACCUUUUUUUAUUAUUAUUAUUAUUUUUCCCCCGAGCUUGUCGCUUGCCGGGGAAGGGAACGUGCUCCUCCAAGAUCUAUACACACACACACACACACACACCAACUGCUUCGGAACUCAAUAUAAAUGUCUAAUGCUCUAGAUUCUGUUGUAUCUAUACCUAUCUAUCGUUGGAUGUCUCAACGCACACCAUUAAACACGUUGGCAACAUCGAUGUUAACGACGUCGACCGUCUUCGGCGUAGGCUGGGAAACGAUCGUGGCGUCGUGCAAAAAAAAAAAAAAAUGCAUGUCGCUAUUGCCGUCACUGCUAUGUACCACACCGUGUAUAAUUAUUCAUCCGUUCAUUUCUUUUAUUGUGUCAUGUUUGUUCGUUCGUUUUUUUUUUCUUUCGUUCGUUCGUUCGUUCGCGUCUUGUUGUCACAAUGUCGUCAUCGCACACAUAUAUAACGCACAGGCACGUGCAGAUGCUUCGCUAUACAUAUACAAUUAUACAUAACUAUAUACAUUUACAUAUACAGUAUAUAUUGAAAUAUACCUAUUCAUGAUGUGACUGUAA